GUUUACAUCCGGGUAAUGAUUAACCCAAUUUUUGUCCGACAGGUGUCGCUUCAAUUUGUUUUCCUGCGACAUGUGGAUGAAGUUGUGAGACACGUGAAAAGAGAAUAUUUAACUUUAAGCACCUAUAUAAAUACCCGUCACGAAGGAAAAUCAUCAAUGACAAUGGAAGGAAAGUACAAACCAGGUGCCCUAACCGAUAUAAUUGUCCAACACUCACAGAAGAAUACAGAGGAAAUUAAAAACACCAAAGUAAAGUCCAAGUUAGCGUCACUCUUUGAUACCGAGGGUACAGCUCAGAGCAAUAAAAAGAAGAAACGAAAAGUCACAGAGGAAUAUGACAGAAAAGCUGAUGAAGUUCAGGGAUAUGAGCCUCCACCUGGCGUUCAUGAAGCCUUACUGAAAAAAAAGAAAACCAAGAACAAAAAGGAGAAAAGAAGCAACUCAGAAAAAGAAACUACCAACAAAAGUGAAGGCGAAAAAGAGAGCACCAAGAAUCCAAGGGAGAAACAACGAAAAAAUAGAAAAAAAAUGCGGGAUCAAGCCAAAGACUCUAGAACAGUUUUUGUUGGAAAUUGGCCUGUGUCGUUGCAGAAAAAGGACCUGAUUAAGCUGUUUAAGUCAUGUGGAAAGAUAGAUAGUGUGAGAUUUAGAUGUCCCCCAACAAAAGAUCCUAGGAUUCCCAAAAAAGUCAUAUCGAUCAAGAGAGAUUUCCACCCUGAUAGAACAACAAUUGUGGGAUUUGUUUGUUUUGAAGAGGAAGAGGCUGCACAGAAAGCUCUUAAAUUAAAUGGGAGAGAGGUAGAGGGCCGUCAUAUCAGGGUGGAUCUAGCAUCUAAAGAUAAACAGCACAAUCACAAGUGCUCGGUGUUUGUGGGAAACCUUGAUGUCAGGAUAGAUGAGGAGCAGAUUUGGAAUCACUUCACAGACUGUGGGGAAAUUGUCAGUGUGCGGAUCAUCCGCGACAACCAAACUGGACUAGGCAAGGGCUUCUGUUACAUCCAGUUUGAUUCCCCUGAUGCUGUAGGCCUUGCCUCUCGAUUAAAUGGUAGCAAGUUGGCGAGUCGAGAAGUGCGGGUAAUGAGAAGCCAGGAGAAUCCUGUCCUACCCAAGAAAACUGGAAAUGAUCAGAAAGGAAAACAAAAAAGUCCACAUGGAAAGAAGAACUUCAAAAAUAAGAAUGGAGAAAAGACAGUCUUCAAUGGCAAAUCUGCAAAGCAACUUAAAAAGGACAAAAAAUUCAAGAAGCAAAGAUCUAGUGCCGCUAAAAAAAUCAGAAAAAAUAAGGCAAUAUUUAGUGACAGUUUUAAAAAUUCAAAAGAAAGUGCCUCAAAAAUGAAUAAGAAAAGCAAUCCAAAAAAAGCAAGCAAAUAAAAUCUCAUUUGAUAGCUGUG